AUGGGAAAAGGCACGGAUAAACUCUAUAUUACCCAUUCUGAGUGGUCCUCCUCAGACGCAUAUUCUGCAAGUGCCGGAUCCAACGUUUCCCAAAAGGCCACGAACGGCGCGAACUUCAAAAGACUACCGUUUAACUUCUGUGCUGCCAGUCUGCAGCCUUUCAAACACCCUGUCUGCACGCCAGAGGGAACAAUAUUUGAUGUCGAGGUGGUUACUCAAUGGCUAGAGAAACAUGGCACGAACCCGGUGACUGGAAAGCCAUUGAAGGACAAGGACUUGAUCAGGCUAAACUUUGCGCGGAAUGGCGAUACAGAUGCGCAUGACGGUGGCGGAGGUGCUGGGGAAGGGAAGGGAGAGAUGGUCGACCCUGUCACCUUCAAGGUCUUCACGGACAAUACACAUAUUGUGGCAAUCAGACAUGGCAGUGAGGCUAAUGUUUUCGCUUGGGAAACCGUUGAGAGAUUAAACAUUAAGCCGAAGAUGUGGUUGGAUUUAGUGGACAAUCGAAAAUUCGGACGAUCCAAUAUCAUCACACUCCAGGACCCGCAGAAUAUUGAGAGCAGAGAUUUGAGCCAGUUCAAAUUCUUGAAGGAUGGGGAAACCGUGUUAACCAAGGAGCAAGAGGCAGAGAGGCAAAAGGGUAGUGUGAACAUUGAUGCGUUGGGUAGGGUUGGAGAAAAGGUGUUGAGGGCAAAGGAGGCCGUGGAAAAGGCGAGGAAAGAACGAGAAGCUGGUGGAGACAUCAAUCGGUCCAAGAUCGUCACCAAAACUGGACCGACCAAUUCUGCGCCUAGCAUGUCUCUGAUACAGGAGAAGAAGACAGCAUACAAUGCUGCCCAAUAUACCACCGGCAAGGCUGCUGCGAGUUUCACAAGCACGGGACUCACACCAGAGACCAGUGGCGAGAGAGCACUUCUCACCGAUGAAGAGUAUAUGUUAAGACCAAAGCGAGUCAAGAUCAAGGGAUAUGCUCGAAUCGAGACCAAUUUCGGUUCACUAAACAUAGAACUACAGACCGAGACCGCCCCACGAGCUGUCUGGAAUUUUGUCCACCUGGCCAAGAAGGGUUAUUACAAUAGAGUGAAGUUUCACCGAAAUAUCCGAAACUUCAUGAUUCAAGGUGGUGAUCCCACAGGAACGGGAAAAGGUGGCACGAGUAUCUGGGGAAAGAAUUUCCAGGACGAAUUUGAUGGACCUUUGACGCACGACUCAAGGGGCGUCAUGAGUAUGGCCAAUAAGGGAAAGAACACAAACUCGAGUCAAUUCUUCAUUACAUACAAACCAGCUAAGCAUCUGGAUCGAAAACACACCAUUUUCGGCCGCGUUGUUGGGGGGAUGGAUGUUCUUCAGAAGUUGGAGAAUGUGCCAACAAACGAAGCUAACAGACCAGAAGAAGACAUUAUAAUGGAGAAUGUUGUCGUCUUUGUUGAUCCAUUCGAGGAAUUUCAGAAGCAAAAACGAGAGAAAGAUGAACUUGAGAAGGUGCGGGAAGAGGUCAAGAAGCAAGGUGGAACAGAAGAUGACAAGACUACAUGGACUGGGAAACGAAUUAGGGGUGAUGGGAGCGUCGUCCAGGCUGAGCAGACUGGCGGCGUUGGAAAAUAUCUGAAGUCAGGAGCCGAUUCCAGCAAUGGUAAAUAUGUCGGGGAUGACGAAAUGCUCGAGGCAGAGCCAGUCAGGAAGAAAAUCAAGCCUGGAGGCUUUGGAAAUUUUGAUAGUUGGUGA